AGAAUAUUUCCUUUCUAUCUUUUCCUUUAAAUGGCUGCGGUCAUAUUGGUCUUCUGCUCAGAAGGUCAAAUAAUAUUUACCAAUUUAACUAAGUAAAUAGGGUUAAAAUUUAACGAACUUUACCCCAUUUUAAUUAAUAUUUCAAAGUGUUUGGAUUUAACAUAAGUACUUAUGACCUAUAAUCAAGAUUUUUAUAAUGCUAAGUAAUGAUCUUUACCCUACGAGAAUUGGUAAGAUGGCUCGGUUUAACUAUGAUAGAAAUUCUUCUCAAUCUUGUUGCAGUGACUGUCUUCUCUGUGCUCGUAACAAUCAAGCUCGAAAAAAUAAUUGCAAUGUCAUGGUGGUCAACUUUUAUUCCUCUCUUUAUUUGUGACGGACUAAACGCCUACUUUUGCGUCAUCGUUUUUAUUCGUCAGUACCUAGAGGGAAUGUACAAGGUUGCUGCUCUAAGGUCAUCUUGGAGUUUUAUUCAAUUGCUACUUGUAUUUUUAUUCAAAUUGCUGCUUUGCCUAAAACUUGAAGGGCAAAAGAACUUAGUUUAUUCAGAAGUAUUGUCACCUCUAUUUAUUUUGUUGAUGCUUGUUAUGGUUCGAGCCUGUCAAUUGAACUAAAUUCACAUUUUCGAACAACUCUCUUUAUUUGUACGCAUAAUUUAUUGUUUCUUUUUCCAAAAUGAAAAUUUGGACUUCAGAACAUACUUUUCAACAUCGUUGGGAAACUGUUACCCAAGCAGCUUGGAGAAAAUACCCAAAUCCCAUGAACCCUGCUGUAGAAGCCAUAGAUAUAGUAGAUCGCCAAAUAUCAAAUGGAGUUCUUAAGACCCAUCGUCUUAUAAGUUCCAAAUGGGGUUUACCAUCCUGGGCCUCUAGACUCCUUGGUGCAGACAAAACGUGUUAUGCCAGUGAACAUUCUGAAGUUAAUCCCAAAGAAAAAGUUAUGACUUUAUUAACAAAGAACUUAACAUUUUGUAAUGAAGUAUCUGUUAUUGAGAAACUUACUUAUAGUCCACAUCCGUCUAAAGAAAAUUGUACACUUUUAAAGCAAGAAGCUGUGGUUACAAUUAAGAACAUUCCAUUGAGUAGUUAUAUUGAGGAGUACUUAGCAAAAACCAUAUCCUCUAAUGCCAAUAAAGGUCGCCAAGCAAUGGAAUGGGUAAUAGGUAAAAUAAAUAAUGAAGUUCAAGAAUUGACUCAUAAAACUGUAAAAGGAAUGGACGAGAUUACAGUAACUGCUAAGAAGGGAAUAUCUGUCGUAGAAGAUUUUACGUCUUCAGCAAAGAAAGGAAUGAACGAUUUUAAUCACUUUGCGGAAGAAACUUUGCCUAAUCUUCAUUUUGAAAAAUGAUACGAGUGUUUCUUAGGAUUAACAAAUUUUCCCCCAUCCUGCAUUCUAAUGUGAAAUAUUCACUAACAAGCUUGUUUAAUUUGCUAAAAGAAACAUUUAAAAAAUAUUUGGUGCUUUUAUAAUUAAGAAUUUUCUAUUGUCAUGAUUAUAAACUUAACAUUUCUGAAGUAGUUAAAUGUAAUAGUUGUCAUUUUUACAACCUUUUGUGUACUAAAGCAAGUAAAAUUUUAUUUUGAAAUUAUGAUUAAAAAUGUUUUAUGAGAAUGAAGAUAAGCAAUUUAUACUACCUCAAAUUGAUUCAUUUUGGUUAUUUUUUUCUUUUAGUGUUAUAAAGUUAAAUAACAAAAAUUUGAAUUAUUAAGACAUCUUUUGAAUUUGUUGGGAAUUGUUAAUUUGAAGUUAAAUGUUUAUUUGAUUUUUAAUGUUUUUAGACAUAUAAUUUAGAUUGGCACGUAAUCCUAGUUUAUUUAUUAACAUUAUUUAAUCUUAUCAAAAUUAUUAUAAUUGGGUCCAUGUGAUUCCUUUAUUUAUGUUAUAUGCGUCAUAUUUGAUUUUACUAAACAUAUAAGUAAAUUGAAGAUUGAUGCAAGAUUUUUGUUUGAAAUUAUUUAAGAGAAUAUUUUAUAGGUAUAGAAAAUAUUUAAAUGUUUCUGCAAGUCUUAUUUUUGCUAAUUUACUAUUUCUGUGAUAAAACAUAUCUUUCGUUUAUAAUUGGUGGUUUCAAUUAAUUUAUUAAUUACUUUUUCAAUUUGAGAAGAAAUUUUUUAAUGUUUUCUGAAUUAAUAUUUUGGUCUCAUAUUUCAUCAAUUGUAUAUGUGCUUUGUGUAUUUUGAUGAAUUUUAACUAAAAAACAAUUUUAAACUUAUGUGAAUGUUUCUUUUGGCUAGAAGUAUUUUCAUUAAAAUAGAAGAUUGCAAGUUGUUAGAAAGGUAUUUUAAAUGCUAUCUUAGGUGCACUUUGGAAAUAAAUACUGAUUAUUAAAUGCA